AUGGCUCUCGACCAAAUUUAUUCGUUACUUGGUCUCUGUAGCCCUGAAGAGGUUGCUGGCAACCCAAUUCGAUAUGAUCUUGAGCCUGAGGAGGUAAACGAAUCAUUUGCAGCAACUCACAAACGGCUGCAUAACAAUCUGGAGUUUCUUGGGCUUUGUACGGCCGUUCAGCGCGACGCUUUGUGUUCGGGUUCGAUGGAUAAGUUGAUAUCCCGCCCCUUUGCGGGCCCUUCGUGGGUGCCCAACUGGCAUUCACAAUGUCUUCAGCGCUGCUUGGGGCUCAAUGAUUACAACACUGAUCUCAAGUCCUUUAAUGCCUCGGAUGGAAUCCUUAUGACCGUAUCGUUUCAAGGCAAUGAACUGGGCGUUUCGGUGCCUCUGCCAGUUGAUAUUCCGGACAUGUUCUGCCGUUGGUGCAGGGGCUCGAGCUUAGACAGGCAGCUGGCAGAGUUUAGGCUGAAACCAAAGAACGCAACAGACAUGGAAGGGGAAAGGGUGUUUAUGGGAGCGAAGCGUCUGAUGCCUUGGGAGCCGUUCAUCACUGGCCGCGGCUAUAUUGGCCUUGCUCGUGAGCAAAGCCGCGUAGGCAACGAGAUUUGGCUCGUUGGUGGCUGUAGCGUGCCUCUUCUCUUGUCUCCGCAGACAGAGAAUCCGGGCUUCUUCGAGGUGAAUGGCGAAGUCUUUCUUGACGGUUUCAUGUUUGGAGAGGCGAUGAGAUGGACGAAUUUAGGAUUUCCUCGGUAG